AUGGUAGUCGAUACUACGUAUUACGAUCUUUUAAACAUUGAAACCAGUGCCACAUCAUUAGAAAUCAAAAAGGCGUAUCGUAAAGCUGCGAUUAAGUUACAUCCAGAUAAGAAUCCCAAUGAUCCUGAUGCCGCCGCUAAAUUCCAAGAAGUUGGUGAAGCAUAUCAAGUAUUGAGUGAUGAAACGUUAAGAGCAAAAUAUGAUAAAUAUGGUAAACAGGAAUCAAUCCCUCAAGAAGGGUUUGAAGAUCCCGCUGAAUUUUUUUCCAUGAUUUUUGGUGGUGAAGCAUUUAAAGAUUGGAUUGGAGAAUUGAGUUUGUUACUGGAAUUAUCAAAAUCAGCUGAACUAUCUGGAUAUUCUGAUGAUGCAGACAAGAAAAAGGAUACUAAGACUGCUGGAACUGGGUCUGAUGAGUCAAAGGAAUCCAAUGAAUCGAAGAAACAAAAGCUUGACACUACAGAGAAUGGCCACAAAUCAUCAACUGAACCUCGCUUAUUAGCAAAUGGUGAAAAUACUCCUGGAAACCAGUUAACUGAAAAGGAACUCGAAGAGAAAAAACGUAAGGAGGAAUUGGAAAAGUUUGAAGAAGAGUGUCGAGUGAAAAAAAUCGAAACUAGAAAUGAAUUGAGUAAAAAAUUGAUUAACAAAUUAUCGUUAUUCACUGAAACUGAUAUGAAAGAUGAUGUAGUUGAGUCUUUCCAAACUAAAAUCAAAUAUGAAGCUGAAUCUUUGAAAAUGGAAAGUUUUGGAUUAGAAAUUUUACACACUAUUGGACAUAUUUAUAAAACCAAGUCAAAAAUAUUUUUGAAGAACCAGACAUUUUUCGGUUGGGGUGGGUUUUGGUGGUCAAUGAAGGAAAAAGGGGGUGUUGUGAAAGAUACGUUUAAGACAGUUUCGGCUGCAUUAGAUGCACAAAGAACAAUGGAAGAGUAUACACAAAUGCAACAGGACAAUGAGUAUCAUGCUAAAAAGGAAGCAGAAGAGGAAGAAGCCAAGAAACAAGCUAACGAAGAAGUAUCUAAAUUGGAGAAAGAGUUGGAAGAGGUGAAAAAGGAACAACAACAACAAAAGUCUCAAGAUAAGCCGGCUGCUGAAACUGAAGGUAGUUCGACUGGUGAUUCUCAACUCAAAGAAGGACAAGAAGCAGAAGGAAGUGUCAGCAAAUUUGAAACUAAAGAACCUGCCAAACACACUGCUGAAGAAUUGGCUGAAAUGGAAAAAUAUCUUAUGGGUAAAGUGUUAGCAGCAGCAUGGAAUGGAUCAAAAUUCGAGAUUCAAGGUACUGUCCGUGCUGUUUGUGAUAACAUAUUGGAGGACAAAGAUGUGUCACUUGAGACUAGAGUUGCUCGUGCCAAAGCAUUAAGACUAAUAGGUGAUGUUUUUGUUUCUAUGACACGUACAGAAGCUGAAGCUGAAGAAGCAAGGGUUUUUGAAGAAUUGGUCGCAGAAGCAAGUAAAAAAAGAGAAAAGAAAAAGACACCAACUGAAGCAGAGCAACAACAAGAACGUGCUGAACACGCUUCUUGA